CUAGCAAGACCUGGCCAGAUGACUGCUUCUCACACCCUGCAUCUGCUACUGUACUACAUAUUAUGGUAAGUGAAAUCUUAUAUGCUGCAAUGAGUGCAAAACCCUGGCAGCAGUUAGGCAGAGGCAUCACUGCUCAGUAUUUGCUGACAGAGGUUUUUACUGCCCUCCUGCUGGUACACGUUUGUUGCUUAGAUCUUGUGGGAUAUUUGAAACUUCCUCUAUCCCCGUUUGUACAGCAUCCAGAGCAGUGGGAGCACAGUUGGUGCAGCUCUUAGGGGGAUCUAUGUUUAAACACACAGGCAUAUCUAUACCCACACAGGUGACCAAGCCAUUGGCAGACUGCCCUGGAAAUGUGGCCAGUGCCUGGGCUAGAGCAGGCAAGCUCCUUACCUACCAGCCCUCGCUUUGUGAGCAGCCAUUGCCCAGCCUGUCGGCAAUACCAGCUGUACGUAACAAGCGGGAAAGCACCUUUCACCUUCAUCCCUUGAAACUCGGCAUUUGGCAAUCGGGCUGGAGCAAUCAGCACUCAAUGGAAAGAAAAAUCUGAUUUGCAUUUGGAGCCUGACGUCAGCCAGAGCAGGAAGCAGGAGCGAGGUCUGACCCUGCCAACAAACGCUUGCCCGUGUCGCUCGACUCUUCCGCCAGCAAAGAGUGAGUCUGGUGGGGUGGGGACAGGCUGUGAAGGACAGCCCCUUCGAGAAGAGGAAGCGUUUGGAGAAAAUCAACCCUCCACAGCCCACACAGGAGGCAGAGAGUGGUGAGCGUCCCUGCUCUGGGUAUGCAGCAUGUGUAGCCGUGGCUGAUGGCCACGGCGGGGACAAAGAACGCUCCGGAGAGGGACUGUGAAGCAAUGACCCUGCAGCAGCCGCCCUUGGCCCUGAAAGGGGGCUCCCCCCCGGUGCUGUACAUCCACAGCAUGCCUGCCUGGGUGCUGGAGGACUUCUGCCAGAAGAUGGACUGCCUGAGCGACUACGACUGGAUGCGGUUCGCCUCCUAUGUGAUAACUGACCAAACAGAGCUACGGAAAAUCAAGUGCAUGGAGAAGACUGGGAUCAGUAUAACAAGGGAGCUGAUGUGGUGGUGGGGAGUGAGGCUGGCAACAGUGCCACAGCUCCUGGACCUGCUGCGAGCACUGCAGCUCUACCGAGCGGCCCAAGUCAUUCUGGACUGGACAUCAGCCUCUAAUAUUGCCGACUCUGGAAAAGAAGAGCUGGUAGAGCUGCCUAAAUCAGAGAACAGAUCUUUAAUUCCCACAGAAAACAAGAAGAUAGACAGAGAAAACGAGAUAAGUCUGUUGCCAUCAACAGACUCUCCACAUCCAGGAGUACCACCAGCAGUUUCAGGUGCUGUUUCUGAAGGAGCCUUGUACUCACUCCCUUUGCCACCACCUCCCCCAAGAGACCUUUUGAAAUCCUUACAGUCAAAUCCUCCUGUCUCAUCAAGUGUGAAGCCCUGCAGCUCUCCUGCUCCUCAGCAGGAGACAAGGACGGAUCUCCCCAGUGGAAGUCUUUUGUGGACCCAGAGGGAAGUUACUAAUGCCACAAGUGGUUUCAGUGACAAGAGCAGAAUCUGUGAAGGUACUUUUGCGGAUGUCUACAAAGGUCAGAGGAACAACAUAGAGUAUAUCAUCAAAAGACUGAAAGAGACGGAAUGUGCAAGCCCAGAUUCCACCCAAAGGUUCUUCCAUACAGAGGUACAGAUUUGCUUUCGGUGCUGUCAUGUCAACAUCUUGCAGCUGCUGGGUUUUUCAGUAGAAACUGGAUUGCACUGUCUGGUAUAUCCAUACCUGCCCAAUGGAUCACUACAAAACAGACUGCAGUGUCAAGAUGAUUCUGCUCCACUGACCUGGGAGAUGCGAAUUAGCAUUGCUGUAGGGCUCCUCCGAGCUACAGAGUAUUUACAUAAUUCCGGAAUUCUUCAUGGGAAUAUCAAAAGCUCAAAUGUCUUGUUGGAUGAAAACUUUACACCAAAGCUUGGACAUUCAGGUCUGCGGCUGUAUUCUGUUGAUAAAAAAUCAGAAUAUGCUACGAUGAAAACCAAAGUCCUACAGGCUUCUCUUACUUACCUGCCAGAAGAUUUUAUCAGGCAUGGGAAGUUAACAGAGAAAGUUGAUACAUUCAGCUGUGGUGUGGUUUUAGCAGAGAUACUGACAGGGAUUAAGGCCCUGGAUGAAGGGAGAGACCCUAUUUAUCUGAAAGAUAUGAUUGCUGAUGAAAUCCAGAUAGCAAAAGAAAGCUCAUAUUCCAAAGGAAAGAAAUCAGAAAAGCUAGCUGCCAAGGAAAUAUGCUGUAAAUAUCUAGACAAGAAAGCAGGACACUUGCUGGAAGAGGUUGCUAUUGAUUUUGCCUCAGCCAUCUGCUUUUGUCUGAAAAAGAAGAAUUCUAACACAGCAGAGGUGCUUGAAGUGAUGGAAAUGGCUGAAAAUAAAUUAAGAGAGCAUUACCUCUGUGGAGGCAGCACUUCUGGAUUCUCCAUGAACACUCCCGAAGAAACUGAUGAUGAGACAGCGAGUCUCAGCGUGGACGUGCCUUCUGCAGGGAAGAAUAAAGAGGACAGCACAGAGCCUGCCAUCCUGACCAGUGCCAAUCCAUGCCCACCUUCAAUAGGUGUUGUGUUGCCUGAUGUUUACUGUGAACAGAUGUCAAGGGUUCCUUGUGAAUCAGAUGAAUUAAGUAGUUUUAUAUGGAACCCUUCGGAAAAAUCUACAGAUGAGCUAUCUAGCUGUACCAGUGCUGAAAACGUGGCAGCCUCUGAUUACAGGAUCAAGCAGGAAAAGCCUGCACAUGGACUCCAGGAAAGAAAUGCGGCGUGUGCCAAAAGUGAGGACAUCUUGGAAGCAGCGUCUACAGCACAGAGCACCGCUCAACAAAAACACACAGCCGGUGACUCUCCAUGUUCUUCACAAGCAUUAGCCAGAGAGACAUCUUGGAAAAUAGAGAUAAAUGAUAAAAAAAAGAAGCUCAUGGAAAAUAUUUUGCUGUAUGAAGAAGACAAAUUAACCAGUUCUGAACUUUUUGAAUCAUAAAUCGGGUGGAUUCACAAACAGUGGCCAGCUCUGAAGAAGAAACAAAGACUGUCGCCUCUUUAGAACAAUGGUAAAAUUCUACCUUUCUUGUAAGGCUAAGUAGCAGAUUUGGAUCAGAAUCAGUAACCCUGACUAAAGACAACAAAAGUGAUCACACUGAGAAGAAACAGGAAACAUCUGUUCUAAAGCAGAUAAAAGCACAAUGCCACUCUGUAAACAGAAAUGCCUUCUUCCUUCUCAUGUGUAAUGUAGAGAUAUGGCAAACACAAGCUGCCAAAAUAAUUUACCAUCCUUUUGCAGUGUAUUUCAGAAAGCAUCUACAUAAAAUGUAUGUCUUGUUAAAAAACACAGUCCUAGGAGUUAUAGGGCAAGCACUGAUCAGUAACCAGGUGGCAAUGCUCUUGACAGUUAUUGUA